UCAUUUAAAUUUUUAACCCAAGCCGCCUUAAAUUGUAAAGAACAGGUAUAAAACGUGUUAGUGUAACAUUUUUUUAAUAAUAAUCAAACUUGGUCACAUAAUUAUAAUAUUUUUUUACUGAAUGAAAACAGAAAAAUAUAUUUUCUUUAACAGGUAAAUCCAGGUUCACUAAUAAUGUAAAAAUUCUUUAAAACUGUGCGGCAUCAAAGUUAAUUUUUUUUUUUUUUAUUUAAAAAAAAAGAGAGAGAGAAGAAGAAGAAGCAUUUCUCGAACGAUGACAUGUGCGUUUCCAUAGUAGAAGGAAGAUAAUGGCGCAUUAUCAUUAUCUUCUUAACAUUCCAUCAUCUUCAUCUUUAUCUGUAUCUCUCACUUCCCCAAAUCUCUCGCCUCCAUUGCGGACAUUACUACCUAAGACGCUGUCGUGUCAUUUUCCAACAUCAUCACACAAAACUUCCAACUCCACCAACUGGGUUACUAAAUUUCACUCCAAACCUUUUCAUCUUGCUCUGUCUGGAGCCCUAUCACUUGGGUUAUUAUUCGGAGGAAUUGGAUUGGCUGAGGCAGCAAAACUUGGUGUGAACAAGCCAGAAUUGCUUCCUAAGGACUUUACUACUGUCAUUGAUGUUGCUGGAUUCCUCUCUGAUGGACAGGAGAAAAGGCUAGCAGAAGAGAUUGCUGCUCUUGAAACUGAUACUGGAUUCAAGUUGAGGGUUUUGGCCCAGAACUAUCCUGAUACCCCAGGUUUGGCUAUUAAAGAUUUCUGGCAAGUAGAUGACAGAACAGUUGUCUUUGUUGCUGAUCCCACAUUUGGCAAUAUAUUGAAUUUCAACGUUGGUGCUUCAGUUGAUUUGGACAUCCCACGUAGUUUCUGGAGUCGCUUGGCAGGGAAGUAUGGUAACAUUUUCUAUUGGAAAGAGAAGGGGGAAGAUGCAUCUAUUGAAGCAGCAGUUAUGGCAAUUUCUAAUUGCUUGAGAGAACCCGUUGGGCCUAGUAAUUGUUCUGAGGUGAAAUAAUUUCAUUGUUAAUAUUUUUUUUUUUAUCAUGUGACAGCCUUGUCAAUUAGCUUGUUAUCCCUUUUGGGUGUAUAGAAAUGAACUAAAACUAUUGAGGAUAAUAUGUUACAUGUUUUAAUUAUAUUAUGUUGAAUUUAAGGAUCUUAUGUACUUCAUUGUUAAUACAUAUGGAGUCAUGUAAUAUAAAGUCUCUAGCGUCUU